AUGUGUAGAUCUUGUAACCCCCUGGGUACGACCAUUAGGUGUGGCCUUGGGCUCAGAUUUACGAUAUUUGUAAGUACCACUUUAGUAACAACAGUCUCGUUAAGCCUCACCUCAUACUUGAGAGAUAGGGUCCACACACACUCUGGCAUUCGAACACUAACAUGGUUUAUGUAA